AAUUACGUCGCACUGGAGCGCGAGAGUCUGGGAAGAGGUUGGCUUGGGGGGGAAGAGGCUGUAGGAACACGCUAUUACCAUUUCGGAUUGCGGCACACCCAUCGCCAUUGAUUGGCAGAGUACCGCAUCAUCGGCUGAUCGGCUGCCACGUUCACACACACGCUAUUUCUGCAGAGAGCCAAACGGGCAUUGCGUCAGGCCUUCUGUUCCGAACUUCAUCUGCGGAUCUGUUAGUUAGCUGAGGCCGGUCCAGCAGACUCGCACAUGCUUGCUUCUCGUGCUGGAUUUCUCCUUCGGCCUCCUCCUGAACACGCAACCCACGAGAUGCUUCGCUGCUCACCGCCCUCUCGACUCCACCGACCACACGCUUCCAGUCUCGGGAAUAUUCGGCCAUCUGCUUUUUCUGACGCGUUUCAACGGCAUCAGUGCUGCCCCUGGCUGGGCGCCCGCGGCAAUAUUCUUGUCUCGCGCUCACGCUCCCUCGCGUCGACAUUUGCCGAAACACCGUUGGUCGUAGAUACAGACGCGCUCCACGCUCAACGGAGCGGACUGUCGCACCCAGCUGUAGCGAAGGUUCCAGGAAGUAGAUCGGGAAAGGGUUCCGCAGCGGGAUCAGCGCAGGCGUUCUUCUCUCGCAGCAAGGCGGGCAGCAUGGCGGACGGAGCGGACUCCGCAACCAACCGGUCCAAGUUGCUGGUGGUGACGGGAGCGACCAAGGGUCUGGGCCGUGCACUGGUGCUGGAGCUUGCAAAGCGGGGCCAUAGGGUGGCGGGGUGUGGGAGGGACGCAGCGAAGGUGGAAGAGGUGCGGCGACUGCUGGAUGACACUGGCGUGCCGGCGGCAACGGCUGCUGCUGCUGCUGCUUCUCCUUCCAGGCACCUUAUGGCUGUGGUGGACGUGGCAUCAGAUGAUCAAGUGAAGGCCUUUGCUGGAAAUGUCAUCUCAACUCUUGGAGUGCCCGAUAUAGUAGUGAACUGUGCAGGACUGAUCAACGUGAACAACCGGCUGUGGGAGGUGCCUCGAGACGAGGUGGAUCUGGUCCUGGACGUGAACAUCAAGGGCACCAUCAACGUCAUCCGCCACUUUGCCCCCACCAUCGUGGAGAGGCGCCAAGGGGUGUUUGUGAACUUCUCAUCUGGAUGGGGUCGAUCUGCUGCAGCGGAGGUGGGGCCAUACUGUGCAUCCAAAUGGGCGGUGGAGGGUAUGACCAAGUCGUUGGCGCGAGAGCUGCCGGGUGGGUGUGUGGUGGUGGCUCUCAAUCCCGGAGUCAUCAACACUGCCAUGCUGCACUCCUGCUUCGGCCCCUCUGCUGCCAUGUACCCAACAGCCGAGGAAUGGGCUCCUCGGUGUGCUUCUCUCAUCCUUGGCUUGAAGCCGUCUGAUAACGGUGCUUCUUUGACGGUGUAGCUGUCCUCAUAUGCUGUCCUUGGCUUGAUAGCCGCUCCUUCCUUGGGUUGAGUUUGUCUGUUACUCCCUAGAAGGGGGGAGAGUGUAAGGGAUUAUGAUAUACUUAUCCAGGUUUUAGCUACUAAAGCGUUACUGCCAUAACGGGUUUGUCGUGCAGCUCUGCCAUGAAAAUUAGAUCGCAGCACCCAAAUGUGGCCCUCUGCCGAGCCGCAUACAAUUUGCACGCCUCGUAGAGUCCUGUGUGACAAAUGCGCUCUGCACCAAUUUACAGCCACACGUGCCGUAUCAGCUCUGCCGAGCCUUGACCGGGUGCUCUAGGCCUAGCUAUAUUCUAGCUCUAGGUUAUUUUUAUGUUGCCUCAGUAUAUUAUUUUCCUUGUUACCUACCUAUAUUCUGUUGGAAAUAUCUCAAGGACUUAAGCGUUUCUGAAGUGUAACACUGUACUCGAGGAAGAUUACAGGGGAGCACGCGAGUCAACGGAGGUUACA